CGUGGCGUGAUAUAUUACGCGCGGCCUCGCGGGUCGGAGCCACUGGGCGCGCGCGUGCACGCGAGAGAGCAAACAGCAAAGCUAGGCCAAGCAAGGCUCGCGGCGCGGCGCGGCGCACUCGCACGUCAUUGCACCGCCGCCGCUCGUGGAAUGCCCGGCCACAUGCUGCGCCGCGUCCUCGACGGCUUCGACUGCCUGCACCCGCGCCUUCGCCGGCGGCACGGCGGCGCGGGGGCGGGGGCGGCGCCGUCCAAGACGCGCGUCACCGUCCGCCUGUUUGGCUCCAGCAAGGCCACGCCGUGUAGCGGCAGCAGCAACGGCGGAGGCCGGGCGGUGACCAUCCGCGUGGCGACGUUCAACGCGGCCAUGUUCUCGAUGGCGCCCGCGGUGGCCGCCGAGACGGCAGCGGCUGCGGGCGCGGGAGCGGGAGGGGAGCGCGGUGCUGCCGGCCAAGUGGGCAGCCCGGGCGGCGCGCGUCGUCCAAAGGGCAUCCUGAAGGCGCAGGCGAGCCUGGCGCGGUUGCCGAGCAAGGCGCGCGUGUCCAUCAACCUCCAGGACAACGAGAUCUCCCUGGAGCGGGGCGGGCUCUGGCGAGGCAAGAAGCAGCCGCAGCAGAGGCGGGAGGCAGGGGAGGCGCGGCGUCGGAGCGUGGAGGAGGUGCUUCGGGAGGCGGGCGCCGACAUCAUCGGGCUGCAGAACGUGCGCGCGGAGGAGGGGCGCGGGAUGCGGCCGCUGUCGGAGCUCGCCGAGGGGCUGGGCAUGCGGUACGUCUUCGCCGAGAGCUGGGCGCCCGAGUACGGCAACGCUGUGCUCUCCCGCUGGCCCAUCAAGCGCUGGAAGGUGCACCGCGUCGCCGACCACUCCGACUUCAGGAACGUGCUGCGAGCGACGAUCGAGGUGCCAGAGGCCGGGGAGAUCAACUUCCACUGCACGCACCUCGACCACCUCGACGAGGGAUGGAGGAUGAAGCAGGUGGACGCGAUCCUCCGGUCCAGCGACGGGCCACACAUCCUCGCCGGCGGCCUCAACGCGCUAGACGGCACCGACUACUCCCCCGAGCGCUGGGCCGACAUCGUCAAGUACUACGAGGAGAUCGGCAAGCCGACCCCGAAGGUGGAGGUGAUGAAGCACCUCAAGGGGAAGCAGUACGUCGAUGCCAAGGAUUUCGCAGGGGAAUGUGAAGCUGUGGUGGUUGUGGCCAAAGGGCAAGAUGUGCAGGGGACGUGCAAGUAUGGCACCAGGGUGGACUACAUACUGGCGUCACCAAACUCACCCUACACGUUCGUACCUGGAUCCUACACGGUCAUCUCUUCAAAAGGAACAUCAGACCAUCACAUCGCUAGGGUCGAUGUAAUGAUAUCUCAGAUCAAAGAGACAGAUACGGAAACUGGGAACCAGAAACAGAGAUAGUCAGGAUGAACAAGAGCUCAAGAAAAGGAAUUUGGGAUGCUAAAUAAUUUUUUGUCUGAGUUCUUUUGCGUCGUUUUCUUUUUGGGGUGAUAUGGGUUGCUUUCAAUUGUGUAUACAGUUAUGGUUGUUGGAGUGAGACUGAAGAAGCAACCAAGAGGUUGCAAUGGCUGGCUGCUGUGAUGUAACCAAGAAGUGGAAGGAACGUAUUUUGAUCUGGUUUCCCUUCUGUUGGUCA